AUGGAGCGGGUGCUGUGUGGUGCUAAGCCCCUGUGCGCUGCCGCACACCGAAGUGCUUUACCUCGAAUAAAGCUGGCUCGCACCGCUCCCGGGCGGGGGCCGCCACGGCCGGGCCACACACGUGGAGGCAGCGGCGGGGGCUGCCCCGCGCUCCGCUCCUCCACGCCCGUUCCCGCAAGCCCCGCCCUCAGCGGGUUUGCCCCCGUCUGGCCCCGCCCCGCGUUCCCCGUGCGCGCGGGGAGCCCGCGAUACCGGACAGCGACCGGCAAGAAACGGCCGCGGUGGGUACAGCCCUGGGGGUGCCCCCGAGAGGGGCCCUGUCCCCGCCGUGUCCCCUCGGCUGCCGGGCGCUGCCCUUCCCCGCGCGGUGCCUCCUGCGGCUGCCGUUCUGUGCUGCGAGUGCCCCCAAACCGGGCCCUCCCUGCGGCGGCUGCUGUCCCCGCGCGGUGCCUCCUGCGGCUGCCCGCCCGUGCUGUGAGUGCACCGAACCGGGCCCUCCCUGCGGUGCCUGCUCUCCCCGCGCGGUGCCGUCCGGUGCCACCGCGUCCCAGGCUGUGUCUUGCCGGGUCAUGCCCGGUGCUGCGCGCUUCCCCCCUGUAGUGCCCUCCUGCUGCCAGCUCAUGGCCGAUGUUCCGCACGGCCCACGUCCGUCACCGCGAGCUUGCCCUCCGCCCCCUUCCCGUGCCUGUUUGUCUUUCCAGCCCAGCUCAUCGCCGGCCAUCACCGGGUGUUGACUCUGCGCAUUCCUCCCCGGCCGCGCCCGCCGCUGACAGUCGUUAGCCCGGGGCUGUCGCACGCACGGCUCCCGCUACUGAUAACGUUGGCACUUGUGAGGAGGUGGGAGAAGCGCCCGCGGUGCCUGGCGCUGCUCGGGGACAGGGCUGUGGGUUAAUGCCAGCGGCAGCUUGGCCGGAGGAUAAAGGUCUGCCUAUCCCGGUCUGCCCAGGUCUCCCUUUGUCUUGGCUCUCCCUAGGCUGCUUCAGUUCACAUCCUGCGCCCACCAGCACCAUGGCAUUGGGAUGGUCCUGCUGGGUCUUCCUGCUGCUCCUGCCUUCCCUGGCCUGCGCCAGGGGGCCUGGCCCUGUCCUUGUCAACCGCCCCUUUGUCACCAUCUGGAACAUCCCCACGGAGCGCUGCGCCGAGAAGUACAACGUUACCCUCAACCUGGAGGUCUUUGAUGUGUUGGCCAAUGACCAGCAGUCCUUCACCGGGCAGGACAUCACCCUGUUCUACAGCAAGGAGCUGGGGCUCCUCCCCUACUACACAUCUGAGGGGAUGCCAGUGAACGGGGGUCUCCCCCAAAAUGCCAGCCUGCAGGCCCACCUCCAGCAGGCCACCCGGGACAUCAAGGUCACCCUGCCCAGCCCUGCCUACAGAGGAUUGGCUGUCAUCGACUGGGAGAAGUGGCGCCCGCUGUGGGUCCGCAACUGGGCCUCCAUGGACAUCUACCAGCAGCAAUCGGAGGAGCUGGUGCGGCAGCAGCACCCGCAGUGGCCCCCUGAGCUGGUGAAGGAGGCGGCCAAGCAGCAGUUUGAGCAGAGCGCCCGCAACUUCAUGGAGCAGACCCUGCGGCUGGGUGAGAGCCUGCGUUCCGACAGCUACUGGGGGUUCUAUGGCUUCCCUGACUGCUACAACAAUGACUUCGACAGCCUGCCCUACACCGGGAUGUGCCCGGCGGUGGAGCAGCAGAGGAACAAGGAGCUGUGGUGGCUCUGGGAGAGCAGCCGGGCGCUCUACCCCAGCAUCUACCUGCCCUCCUGCCUCAACGGCACCAACAAGGCGCUUGCCUACGUCCGGCAUCGUGUGGCUGAGGCUUUUGCCAUGCAGCGUGAUGUCCUUGGUGGUGGCAUCCCUGUUCUGCCCUACUCCCAGAUUGCCUUCGACUGCACAGUCGACUUCCUUUCCCAGGAGGACCUGAUGAACACCAUCGGGGAGAGUGCAGCUCAGGGUGCUGCUGGCAUAAUCCUCUGGGGCAGCCUCAACUACAGCAACUCCAAGGAGAUGUGCCUGAGGCUGAAGGACUAUGUGGAAGGGCCACUAGGCCACUACAUCGUCAAUGUGACAGCCAGCACUGAUCUCUGCAGCCAGAGCUUGUGCUCCGGCCAGGGCCGAUGCGUGCGCAAGGAGGACAAGCAGGGCUUCCUCCACCUCGACCCCUUCCGCUUUGCCAUCAACCUGCAAGCUGGCAAGCCCUGGCUGGUGACCCAGAGCCUGGAGUCCAGUGAUGACACCUCGGGGCUGGCUGAGCAGUUCAGGUGCCAGUGCUAUGACAUGUGGCAGGGGCCCCGCUGCGACACUCAGGACCCCACCAGCUGAUGUGCACAGGCAUGGCGGGGCAGGCAGGGUGACACCGCCUCGCGCCCCAGCACCCUCACCGUGGGGUUGGGACCCCACCGUGGCACCGCUAAUAAAACCCGUAGGCACUUGCAA